GUAACCUAGGCAUUCCACAUUAAGUGAGCUCAAAUACUUUAGUUAAUUUUUUUUCAAAACUCCCUCAAAAACCUCCCUUCCUAAGUUUGAAGCAAAAUGGGCAAUAUGAAGGCCCUCUCUAUGCUUUUGGCCCUCCUUGUUUUUUCCAUGCUUGCCACUGAGGCUUUCGCAAGGCAUUACCAAUACGGAAAUGGGAGUUUGAGGCUUUACCAAUGCCCAAGGCGAUGUAAGAAAAGGUGCUCAAAAGCUCGAAAAACUGAGGAAUGCAAGUUCUUUUGCAAUAAGUGUUGCCGAACAUGCCUUUGUGUUCCACCAGGUACCUUUGGUUACAAAUAUCUCUGCCCUUGCUACAACAACUGGAAGACCAAGAGGGGAGGCCCCAAGUGCCCUUAAUUACCUUCACGUUCUUCAAUUUAUAGGCGGGAAAACGAACAUUGCUAAAGUUACUUAGUAGGUAACCUACCUAAUGCCCUAAUGGGCGGACUACAUACGGUAUUUCCAGAAUAAAGGACGUACAGAAUUCUAUCAUCUACUACUAAGUUCUUUAGUACCAAAAUAUGUAUGUGUGCAUUUUUAUUUGUUUUGUAGUUGUGUUACGUGUUACUACGUACUUCGCGGCCUAAUUAAUCUGAUGCUCCAUUUUGGGGUCUAUAUUUGUAAACCCCACAAUCGAGAGCGUGAUUGGACUUUAAUUUUUGGCCAUUUUGUAUUCUAUUUGAAUUUAUAAAAUACUUAUAUAAUUUUAGAC